AUGCACACCGUCGCGACGGUAUUAUUAGUGGUAGCCGCCAUACUCGCAGUAUCGGCGCAGCAAUACCAGCAACCAGGUGGCAACUACGUCGACGAGUACUCGGGAUACGAGUCUCCUAGACCAGCUCACCCGACGCCCCGAAGUUACGCGUCGGAUUCGGCAUCAUCGCGGCAAUCGGCCGCCCCCACGACCCCUAAACCGACCCCGGUGGCCAUUCUGAAGCAGAUAAACCGUCACAACGAGGACGGUUCGUACACGUACGGCUUCGAGGGCGCGGACGGCUCGUUCAAAAUCGAGACGAAACUGCCCACGGGCGACGUGAAGGGUAAAUACGGAUUCGUGGACGACACUGGCAAGGUCCGCGUGGUGGAGUACGGAGCGAACCAGUACGGUUUCCAGCCGGCUGGAGAGGGUAUCACGGUAGCACCACCGACGCUAGAAGACGAGACUACCAGCAAGGAAGCUCUGGAAGCUCUGAACUACCAGGACGCCUACCAACAACAGGUAGCCAGGCCAGCUCCGCAAAGAGUCGCCCCUGUUGCUCGCCCACCACCUCUUCAGCAGGUUCAGUACGAUCAGCCAGCCUACCAACAGCCCCAAUCCCACACCCAGGCUGUCUACGCUCCGCAAUCGGCGCCCAGACAACAACAGGCUUUGUCCAAGCCUCCCAUUUUCACGCCCGCUGGCCCCCAACCCGGUUUCCCCAGACAGAGUCCGAUCCUUCAGAGCGACGACCCGUCGCCCCCUUCCCAGCUGUACAAUCAGGGCCCGGCCCAGUUCGGUCCAGCGCCCGUCCAGGAACAUCGUUCCCAGCCCCAGCCCCGCAGCCAGAGCGGAGGCAUCCUCGAUCAGCUGGCUAGAGACUAUGCUCUGCCCCAGGGCGUCGCACCGCCGUUACACGACAUCAGCUUCGGCUAUUACUAA